GUUGGCCUGACACAGAUUAUUGGGAAAAUCGCAGCGUGGAAAGAAAACUGACGAAAUAUAUUUAAUAGUGAAUGAUACACUUUUACAGAAGUGGAAAUACAGUAACGAUGAAAGAGCAGACUGAACAGAAUUUGAGAGCGGCGGUCGAAAACAGUAGUGGGACUAAUAAAAUGGAGACAAAGCAUUUAAAUGGACCAAAAGGUGUUGAAAAUGGAAGUGAAAUUUGGCGGAAUAAUACCAAUUCAAAUACAUUGACUAAGUGUGAACUGCAUAAUAAUACGUUAUUGUAUUGCUCCGAGUGUUGUGAUAUUGUAUGUGGACAAUGUGAGCAAGUUCAUUCAUCACACACGAUGAUCAAACUAAACGAGGCCAGUAAACAGAGCAAAACGAAACUCGGCACAGAACUGACAAAUGUUAAAAACUUGAUCAGGUAUGCUAAUCAUGUACUCAAAGAUUUGCAUUUGUAUCUUGAAAAGUUGGCUGUUCUUUUGGCAGAAAUCACAACAGAAAUUUUGAAAAGAGCAGAAAGUUUACCAGAAGGCACAGAACUUCUUACAGAAACAAUACUCACCGAUGUUCAAAACGAACAUGACCUGCAGUCGAACCGGAUCAGGGAUAAAAUAGUGGAGUUUGAGAACUUUAUUGCAUCAGCUAAAACAAUUGCUGUUAACUGCGAAAAUUUAUGUAGUGCCGCAGAUGAUAAAUACAUACUAAUUAAAGGAAAUACAGAAUUGUUAAGUGCCUCUGACCUUAUUAACUCUCUACCCAUGUGCCCAAAGGAAAAGUGCAUUUACGUGCUAUCACCAGUCGCGCCAGUGAAGGAUGAUCAGAAACUGACACCGGAAGAGACUUUAGGUGAUUUUACCAAAGUUUCUGUGCCAUGGAGAAUCGAAGUGAAGAGGAUCGGCUCACUUCGUCCCGAAGCAGUCGCCAGUUCCAGGUUUGUUACCACAAUGUGUCCCGAAUCUGACGAUCAAGUUUGGGUGUGUUGGCAGUGGGGCCCGAAAAUCCAUCUUGUGAAUAAAGAAGGGAAUGUGGAGAAAACGAUAGAUGUAGGCUGCAAGGUGGAUGAUAUGUGUAGAAGUAAUGGCAAUUUAGUCGUGUCAAGUCACGAGAAAAAAUGCAUCAAAAUCUUUGACUCAAAUCAUGAAGUUGUGAAGACCAUCAACACUGAAAAAGUACCAAGAGGAGUAUACCUCAAAUCAAACAAUGAACUUGUAUUAUGUUGUGUCCAAAAUUUGCACCAUAGAAAUGGCGACCAAAGUUCCUUGUUGAAAUUAGGAGUGGAAGAUGGAAGUAUCACGGACUUUGGAUGUACCGAGCAUCUUAUUCAACCAUGGCGAGUUGCAGUUAAUAUUAACGGUGACAUGUGUGUCUCAGACAGAAAUAAGGGAGCCGUUAUAGUGUUUGACAAGGAAGGAAAUUUAAAAGCUACAUACAGUGGACCAGACAAUACAACGAGGCAUCCUUUUGCUCCACAUGCUAUUUGUUGUGAUCAGUUUGGACAAAUAUUUGUAGUAGAUUACACAAACCAUACUGUGCACGUACUCGAUCCUCUUGGACGCUUCAGGGGUUUUUUAAUAAUGGAUACAGAGUUGGAGAAACGUGCAAUUUUCAUGGGGACCAGUUCCCCGUUUUCUAUUACCAUUGACAGGAGUGGUGAUGUGUGGGUAGGGAACAAGUUCGGGUACCUCACCAUUCUUAAAUACCUCAAAUAAAUGUCGUCCCUCUGCCAUGUCAGCAAAAACAUUUUAUUAUUGUGAUAUUAACUGUGCAUUUAAUGCUCAAAAGACGUGUAAUACAAUCAUAUUGAUUUCUCCCAGUCCUAGUAUUGUAUGAGUUGUGAUAAAUAUAACAUAAUGUCAUGAACACAAUAUUUCUUGUUAUGUAAACAUGAUGUUAUGUAUAUACAUAUAUUUUUGCAGCAGUGCUGUAAUCAGUAAAGUAUCGUGUUGGUAACAAA